UUCGACUCCACGGACGCUGUAAAGCCAAGAAGGUUCUAGAGAGAAUCCUCUACUGCAAAUUUCCACCUGUUCCAGCAUGAGUGGGGACGACUGCGCCGACACGGCGGACAAGGAGCACAAGAAGGAGCAGCAGAAGAAGAAGAAGAAGAAGAAGAGCAAGAGGGAUAAAACAGGAUUCAAGUAUGAAGAGGUGGAUCCCAUCGCCAAGGUGAACGCUCUGCCCGAAGAGAAGAUCCAGGAGGUGCGCAAGGCCAUCAGGCUGUUCCUCAUGAGCCAAGGCCCUGCCAGGACCCUAGAGGAGGCCGGUCGUCGCAGCUACCUGUUCUGGGACACGCAGCCCGUCCCCAAGAUAGGGGAGACGGUGACAUCUCACUGCUGCGUCGUGCCUGACCCCUCCAGCGUCCGCGAGGAGCCGUUGAGCCUCCCUCCUGGCUUCGCCUGGGACUCGCUGGACCUGGAGCACCCAGACUCGUUAAAAGAGCUUCACGUCCUGCUGAGCGAGAACUACGAGGAGGACGAUGACGGUGGGUUCCGACUCGCUUACGGCCCGCAGUUUCUCCUGUGGGCCCUGCGACCCCCCGGCUGGCUGCCCCAGUGGCACUGCGGUGUCCGAGUGGACUCCAGCCGCAAGCUGGUGGGCUUCAUCGGCGCCGUCCCGGUCGACGUCCGCGUCUACGACACACAGAAGAAAAUGGCGGAAGUCAAGUUGCUCUGCGUGCACAAGAAGCUCCGCAAGAAGCGCUUGGCACCGGUUCUCAUUCGGGAGAUCACCAGACGGGCCCAUCUGGAGGGGGUCUUCCAGGGAGUGUACGCCGCGGGAGUGGUGCUGCCCAAGCCGGUGGCCACGUGCAGGUUCUGGCAUCGAUACCUGAACCCCCGCAAGCUGAUUGAGGUGAAAUUCUCGCAUCUCAACAAAAACAUGACUGUGCAGCGCGCCCUCAAAUUGUACCGCCUGCCUGAGACUCCCAAGACUCCAGGACUGCGACCCAUGACGCGGGAGGACGUGCCAGCUGUGCACCUCCUGCUCCGCCACUACUUGGAGCAGUUCCAGCUGGUGCCCGUCUUGAGUGCCGAGGAGGUGGAGCAUUGGCUGCUCCCCCGAGAGGACAUCAUCAGCACCUACGUGGUGGAGAGUGCAGGGGGCUCCGUCACGGACUUCGUGAGCUUCGUCACCCUGCCCUCCAGCAUCCUGAACCACCCGGUGCACCGCAGCAUCAAGGCGGCCUACUCCUUCUACACAGUACACACGAGGACGUCCUUGGAGGACCUCGUGGAGGACGCCCUCAUCCUGGCCAAAGCGGAACAUUUUGACGUCUUCAGUGCUCUGGACCUGAUGGAGAACAAGACCUUCCUGGAGAACCGUAAAUUUGUCGCCGGGGACGAUCAUCUGCAUUAUUACCUGUACAACUGGAAGUGUCCCAGCUUGCGCUCGGAGAAGGUGAGCGGUCCACCACGAGGAAGCUCGUAGUUUACACGGUUGGCAUGGUAACAGUAGUGACUACCUCCACCGGCGACAGAACUCGGCAGCUCUGAGCUCAGCACUAAUCAUCCCCCUUAAAGCACUCAGAAAGUGUCAGCGGUUGUUGGGGGAGAGUCUGUGUUCUGAUUCCGCGAGGAAAUGAAUGGGGGGGCGAAUCAAGGCUUCUUACUGAAGAUUGCAUGAACGGUUCCGUGAAAAUCGUCCCAUGUUUUACUGUCUGUACUUCUUUCGCACUUUUCUAUCGUAUUUCUAGGUGUUUCGGUAAAAUGCAGGGCUGCGCCUGGGACCGAACCCUGAGGGCCCUGGUCACGGGGCCAGUUCCUUAACUACCUUGGCUGAGUGCGGCCCUUCCAGCUGAGGUUACUGUGAAAGUGCUGUGUG